AUGUCAGGAAGAAAGUCAAAUAUCCUCAAACCCCAAGAAAAGCGGUCAAAACCUGCAACGAAAAGGCGACCGAAAAAUAACUUAAAUGCGCUUGCUACAGCAGAGAAACAAUAUCCCACAAAGGCAAAAAUCCGAAGACAUCGACUUGGUGACAAUGAGCUUAGCCAGUCCACUCGAAAGCGCGCUAUGGACGACGACGAUGAGGGGGAUGAUGAAGAUACCGGCCGGUCAAAACGCCCACGGCGAGUUCAAGAUGGAUCGGACGAUGAUGGGGGUAGCGACAGUGAGGGCAACGAAUGGAGGAUAGGAGCCGUUAAUAGCGACGAUGAUAGCGAUAUCGACAGUGAUGAGGCUAUGGGCGAGAGUGAUGAGGAAAAAUUUGAAGGGUUUACGUUCCGCGGUAGCUCCACAAUGCGGAAAAAAGGCCCUGGCAAACAAGCUGCCCAAGCUCAAAAGCGCAAAGCUGAAGCUGACCAAUUUGAGGGAAGCGAUGAUGAUUUGCUAAACGAGGAAUUCAAUGGUGCAUCUGAUGAAGGGGUAGAGGAAGAAGACGAUGACUUUGGAGAUGAUGCGGUAGACCUUGCGACUGCAUGGGACAUGAACGAGGAAGACUCCGAGGCUGAGGUGUCGAAAAAAACCUCAAAAGAAAAAAAAUCGAAGGCUGGCUCUAUUUCUGAAGACGAUGACGACGCCGGCUCUUUAUCCGCCGUAUCAAAUGACGAGGAAGAAAGUGAUGAUGAUGAUGCGGAGUCUGAUACUUCUGAGCUGUCGAUAUCUGAUAAUGAGGGAGAAACAAAACAAGGCCUCACAAAGCUCCAAAGAUUUGUUACCUCGUUGGGACAAGAUGCCAGAUCUGCUACCUCUACAAGGCCCAAGACCGCCCUCCCAGGAGGAGACCCUACCGAAUUUGGAUUGGCCCCGAGCCGAAAGCUUACUGUGGCUGAUUUGAUGCCCAGCAUAUCAGAUUCCCGCAUGAAGGGUGCACUGAAGCAUAUCGAAAACGACUCUUCUACACAAGGAACCGCAGGCAUCCCUGGGAAACUAGACGUCCCUCUCCCAAAACGACAACAGGAUAGGCUAGAUCGAGCAGCAGCGUACGAUAAAAGCAAGGAGACCCUUGCUAGAUGGAUAGAGACUGUGAAGGCUAAUAGACGGGCUGAACAUCUUUCCUUUCCUCUCCCUGAACCAGAUGCUCCACAACCCUCUAAGGUCGUGGACUCUAAGCCUAGAACCAACCUCGAGACAGCGAUUCAAAACAUAUUAGUGGAGAGCGGUUUGGCUGAAUCAAAAAACGGAACUGCAGAGGAUAAGAUACAAGGAUUCGAGGAACUCCAAGCAAAAAAGAUUUCCGUUGAAGAGAUUCAAGCUCGCCGGGCAGAGCUCCGGAAGCAACGAGACCUACUUUUCCGUGAAGAAAUUCGAGCAAAACGAAUUAAGAAGAUUAAGAGCAAGGCGUACCGCCGUGUUCACCGGAAGGAGAGGGAGAAAUUGGAGAAGAUGGAACAUGAGGCACUGGCAGCUGCUGGGGUAGACAUGGAUGAAGAAGAUCGAGAGCGUAACGAUAGGAUACGCGCCGAGGCAAGAAUGGGCUCAAAACACAAGGACAGCAAAUGGGCCAAGAGCCUUAAACAGACGGGCCGAACGGCAUGGGACGAAGAGGCUAGAACAGAAAUGGCGGAUUUAGCAAGGAGGGAGGAAGAGCUGCAGAAGCGAAUCCAAGGGAAACGCAUCGUUGAUGAAGAUGGCGAAUAUUUGUCAUCGAGCUCUGAAGACGAGGACGACAGCGACUCGGAUAUGCAAGGGUUCAAGCUUAGGGAAAAGGUGGACAAACUUGAGAGGGAUGGAAACGGCUCCUCCAAAGAUUCUGGCCCGUACUCUGGGCUAUUAUCCAUGAAGUUUAUGCAGAAUGCCGAUGCAGCACGGAAGGAAGCGAAUGAGCGUGAGCUUCGAGAGGUUAAACGCCAACUCAAUGGCGAAGAAUCCGGUUCAGAACAGGAAGAUUUGCAGGAAGAGGUUGGCCGCCGAAAGUUUGGUACACAGGCCACAAAGUCAUCUAAUAAGCCUUCCGUAAACCUACCAAAGAAAGGUGAUGAAGAAGGUCAUGGUGAGAACGAAGGGGCUGAAGAUUCGUCUGGCUCGGACUCCGAUAUUGAUAUUCGUGUUACGUCUAGCCGCAGGCAACAGCCCAAAGCGGCUCCGAAGAAGAUUGCUCGCCACAGCUUAGAAGAGGCUAAACAACAGUCUACGGAGGACGAUGAGAACCCUUGGCUAACAGAAACCUCCAAGAAGAACCGAUCAAAGAAGAAAACAGUUGGCACUGCAGCAGAUGUUAGCCUAAUCGAGAAUUCUGGCUCGACUAUCUCUCAGGAACCCAAUCAGACCGGCCUUAGACAGAAACAUCAGAAUGGCCCAAAGCAAGCUGCAAUGGGCAAUCAGCCCGCCGAUGACGACGAGCGGUCCGACGAUGAGGACAACGCGGGCAUGCCUGUACUUCUUAAAAACGAAGAGUUGAUCAGACGAGCAUUCGCUGGGGACGAAGUGCUGGAAACCUUUCGCAAGGAGAAAAAGCAAACUGUCGAAGAGGAGGACGACAAGGUGGUUGAAGAUACACUGCCUGGAUGGGGAAGCUGGGCUGGAGCUGGGCUGAGCCGAUCAGACAAGAAGCGAGUUCAGCGAACAUUCACCACGGUUAGGGGAAUCAGCGCAGAGAAGCGGAAGGAUGCAAAACUCGACCGGGUUAUCAUCAAUGAGAAGCAGGUGAAAAAGAACAAUAAGUAUCUCGCAUCCCAGUUGCCGCACCCUUUCGAGUCCAAGCAGCAGUACGAGAGGUCUCUGCGGCUGCCUAUUGGCCCCGAAUGGACGACCAAAUCGACCUUCCAAACCGCGACCAAGCCUCGCGUGAUGAUUAAACAGGGGGUUAUCAAGCCAAUCCAGCGUCCUACAUUGUAG